ACAGCCCAGUAGCAGGCAGGGAGGGGGCGUUAACUCCUCCUCUCCUCCACUCUGAUGCGAUCUGUGACGUCCUUCUCCUCCUCCUCCUCUGUGGAACCAGCAGCAGCAGCAGAAGCACAGGAGCUGUCGUGCUUCGUCUUUUACGGAGGUGAUAACAGGCAGGCGGAGUGAAAGCUAAACCCUGUUCAGCCAUGGCAGACAACGCCGGCUUAGAAAACCACCGCAUCAAGAGCUUUAAAAAUAAAGGACGUGAUGUCGAGACUAUGAGAAGACAUCGAAAUGAAGUGACAGUUGAGCUGAGAAAGAAUAAACGAGAUGAACAUUUACUGAAGAAGAGAAAUGUCCCACAGGAGGAGAGCCUGGAGGACUCUGACGUGGACUCAGACUUCAAAGGACAAAAUGUCACACUUGAUGCAAUCCUACAGAAUGCAACCAGUGAUAAUGCAGUAAUACAACUGAGUGCUGUUCAGGCAGCCAGAAAAUUGCUCUCCAGUGACAGAAACCCUCCCAUCGAUGACUUGAUAAAGUCAGGCAUCCUGCCUAUUUUAGUCAAAUGUCUGGAAAGGGAUGACAAUCCUUCUCUUCAGUUUGAGGCAGCCUGGGCCCUGACCAACAUUGCCUCUGGGACGUCAGCACAGACUCAGGCUGUGGUCAAAUCCAAUGCAGUGCCCUUGUUCCUUCGACUCCUACACUCUCCUCACCAGAACGUAUGUGAACAGGCUGUUUGGGCUUUGGGAAACAUUAUUGGUGAUGGUCCACAGUGCAGGGAUUAUGUCAUCUCACUGGGCGUGGUCAAGCCUCUGCUCUCCUUCAUCAACCCAUCAAUCCCCAUCACCUUCCUCCGCAAUGUUACCUGGGUCAUUGUUAACCUCUGCCGCAACAAGGAUCCACCUCCACCCAUGGAGACUGUGCAAGAGAUUUUACCUGCUCUCUGUGUGCUAAUAUAUCACACUGAUAUUAAUAUACUAGUAGACACAGUGUGGGCUUUGUCGUAUCUGACGGACGGAGGCAACGAGCAGAUCCAGAUGGUCAUUGAUUCUGGCGUGGUUCCAUUUCUUGUGCCUCUCCUUAGCCAUCAGGAGGUUAAAGUUCAGACAGCAGCUCUGAGGGCAGUUGGAAACAUAGUGACAGGAACAGAUGAGCAGACGCAGGUGGUUCUGAACUGUGAUGUUCUCUCUCACUUUCCCAACCUGCUCACCCACCCUAAAGAAAAGAUCAACAAGGAAGCGGUCUGGUUUUUGUCCAACAUCACAGCAGGGAACCAGCAGCAGGUCCAGGCUGUGAUUGAUGCUGGGUUAAUUCCUAUGAUCAUUCACCAACUGGCUAAGGGUGACUUUGGCACUCAAAAGGAGGCAGCAUGGGCCAUCAGUAACCUCACCAUCAGUGGGAGGAAAGACCAGGUGGAGUUCUUGGUGGAGCAGAACGUCAUCCCGCCAUUCUGUAAUUUGCUGUCGGUGAAGGACUCCCAGGUGGUGCAGGUGGUCCUGGACGGCCUCAAAAAUAUUCUCAUCAUGGCUGGAGAAGAAGCCAGUACAAUUGCUGAAAUUAUAGAGGAGUGUGGAGGUUUGGAGAAAAUAGAAAAUUUGCAGCAGCAUGAGAAUGAAGAUAUCUACAAACUAGCCUUUGAAAUAAUCGAUCAGUACUUUUCAGGAGAUGAUAUUGAUGAAGAUCCCAGUUUGAUCCCUGAAACCACACAAGGAGGAACCUUCAACUUUGAUCCAGCGUCCAACAUGCAAACAAAGGAAUUUAAUUUCUAAAAGCCCAGAAGGUUUGGUUCCACCAGCUGCACGAGUACUCUGUACUUAUUGCAGACAUUUAUCCCAUCUCUCCCAAAAAUCUGGCAAACCUGGUACAGAAGGAUAAAUCACAGAAUCCCUUCAAAGAUGGAAACUCACCACUGACCAUUCACUCCUGUCCACCUCUGCACUGUGGGKUUUUUUUUCCUUCCUUUUUUUUUUUUAAAGUUUUUUCUUUUUUUGAGCAGAGCUAUUCUUCAUAGGAGUCCUGGUUUUUCAACAGGCAUCUCAGCCAUCUGGCAGCCUGCAUGAGGAGUACUGUCAGUGCUGCCAGCGCUUCUAAAUAUCACUUAAAAGUAAAACUCAGAAGGAAAGAAAAGCMUUCUUGGCAAGAUUUGAUUGCCAAAAAUCAAGUCUUCACAAAGACAAAAGAAAAAAAAUGUAAGCACAUUUUCAGACACAAACACACACUUGCAUAUAAUAUACACACAUUUAUAAAUAUAUAAAUAUAUGUAAACACACUUUUUGACACUUAAAAUUUGUGUGCAUACUUCUGUUAGAAGCAGUCAUAUCAUUUUUUGGGAAAAUACUGCUGUCUGUGGUUUAUUUUGUGUUUUCCUCUCCCCUGGAUUGUCUUCUGGUGUAUAUUCACCUACACAUGCACACAGACACUGAAAUACAUGUGCACACUUGGUCACACUGAUUUCCAAAGCCCCAGGCACACACCAUUUUAAAGAUUAUUUCCCAGUGCUAAGCCAUGAUCAACCACGGACCCCCCACCCCCACCCGCUGCCCUCCCAGGAGAGUUUUUGGGCAGGUAUAGGGACACGGAAGGGCUAUAAGGUGAAACAAAACAAGAGGACUCCAUGGCAAACUGACUAAUGGGACUUCCUACUCGAUGACGUCACUUUUUUUAUGUUGGAUUUUCAGACUUUAAAUGAAAUCAUCAAAUGUGAAGAAAAUGCCAUAUUUUUUCUGUUCAACACAUAUAACUGCAAAAUCUGCAAACUGCCUGCUUCUGAUUCAGAAGAGAAGCAUCUUUUUUAAUAGAUGUGAAUACCGGUCACAUUGUGGGGGGACAACUUUAGUGAAGCCACAGACUUUUUAAGAGAAGAGGAACAUGUCAGCUGUAGCGUUCAUUCAUUCCCCUCCUUUUUUUUAAAAUUUCCUUGCUGGACAUCUGCUUCUCUUGCGUUCACGUCCUGCUCGCCGGUGAGCUGGUUUUUAGGUCUCCUCCUGUAAUGUGAAAACUCAGAAGGGGGAUGUUUAACAAAAAAAAAAGGAAAGCCCAGAUCAUAAGUUUUUAGUUGUUUUUUUUUUAUCUCUUUAACCAAAUAUUAGUUUGAUGUUUCAGCUUCUUCUGGCUGCUUGCGUCUGUGGAGCCUCUGUCACAUUUUUAAAACAUUUUUCUCUUUUAGUCUUAUGCACACAUUUGAGAGACGUAAUGUCUGCUGCAGAACGGGACCUAAGCCCAUUGAAGACUAAUCUUGCAAAAGGAGUACAGGUCCUGAUUUUUACAAUACUUAACUACUUUUGAUGAAGAGGUCACACGUCAUCACUCAAUUUGAAUAAUUGUAAAAAAAAAAUGUGAUGUGAAUCUCCUUGUCGUCUAAUGAAUAUAUGAAAAUAUAUAAGCCUGUACAAAGCUGCUGCAGCUGACAGUCAAUGUAUGGAUAACUGUCAAGUAUGACAGGAAGGGGGGUGUUUUUUUUUUCUUUUUUGUUGAAGCAAUAUUUUCUUGUUUUUAUUUUUGACUUGCCUAUGUAUUGUGAUGAUGUGCUGAUUAAUCAGAAUAGGCUGGGUUUAUUAUGAUUUUUUUUCCCUCUGUUAUGACGAUGGCCCUUUUUAAAAAUGUGCCAUCCCAUUGUUCCAGUUGGGGUUUGGAUUCAGGUUUAAGGUGUUAAACUUUAAUCCCAGCCCUAGCCCUGGUCUGCAGACUUUAUGAUCCGCCGAUUGGCUGCUAACUACUCAGAGGGGGUCAGAGGAGAGACCGGGGCUUUAAAUAAUGUUGUAGGGCUGUAAUAAAAACCCAUGGCUUGUUCUGUUUUUUUAUUUUAUUUUUUAGAGGGGGGGAGGGAGACUAGCUAAUAUUACUGAACAAAAAACUAUAGAGAGGGUGUACAGUCACGACCUAGCAGACUAGACCGAGCCACUUUAAAGAUUUACAAUUUUGUUGCCUUGUAUCUGAAUUGGAUACAAGCUUAUGUUUGCAAGAUUUUUACUUGCUAAUGACAAGUUGUUUUAAACUAAAAUAAGAGAAAAGCAACAGACAGCAUUUUGGCCUCUGAUUGUUUGUAUCUUUUUAUAAAUUUUAGAUUGAAUUCCUCUCUUUAAGGUGGCUCAUUGAUGCUUUCAACUCUUGUGCAUAAUUAAAGACAAUAAUGAGUUGAAAAGAAA